AUGGAGACUCGAUAUCGUGGUUGUUGUUGUUGCUUUCUCAACCGUCAUUCCUUCCUUCCUCCGAGUCGUCGUCAUGUUGUUGAUUAUCGCUGCCGGAUUGCGUCGCCUUCAAGCUCCGUCGUCGCUGGCCGCUGUUGGGACGGAAGAAUCACGUUGGUUUCAAUUGUGUCACUAUUCUCGGUGAUGAAUCGUAUUGCCUUUCCUUCCCCUCCUGUUUCUUCUCCGCAGCUGGUGACCGGCGUCCGCCGCUGCCGUCUGGAGGCUACUCAACACUGA